UGUAUGUGCAGUAGCAGCAGCUGAGAAAGCUGUGGUGGCAUGAGUCGCCCUGAAGGAUGUUCUAUUGGAAAACCCAGAUCUGAUCCUUUUUGUGGACGGGUCAGCGUCACGAUCCAGAGACAGGUAAAAGCAGCAUUUCCAGCUCCAGCCACAGUUCCGCUGCAUGAUCUGAAGCCCAGAGAGUGGAUCGUGAUCAAGGACUUCUGCAGGACCAGGUGGAACAAGCCACGGUGGUUGGGGCCAUUCCAGAUCCUUUUCGUCACUCGCUCUGUGGUAAAGGUCAGCCAGAGAGCCAUGUGGAUGCACGCCAGCAACUGCAGGAGAGUGCCAGAGCCGAGCAAUGAGCUGGAGAAGACGGGACUGCAAUAGGAGGACUAGAAAGUUAUUUUCUAUCGAGAGGCCUCUAGGAAGACCGACAUUCACGAGUGACGAUCUGCACAUAUACACCCACACACAUGACACACUGCAC